ACGCCCAUCUAUUUCCGUAGAACAUCUUCUCCUUCUUCCGCCUGCCGGCUAACUUUCCUAAAGGAGGAGUAAGGAAGCCAGAUCGUUUCCAUAUCUAUGAAAGACACCAAAUCUGAAAGUCGAGCUAGCAGUCCCGAGCUACCUCCACGCCACCACCUUUGACGCCGCUACCAUUGCACUGCUGUGCUUCCAACUCCGGAGCAAGAUGAUCGUACAAAGCCCUCGCCACUUGAUGUGCUGCUGGCUAUUGUGAUUCCAACGCAGUCAAUGUCUCUGUUGUGCCUCUGCCCCGCCUCCGACGCCGCUACAUCUGUCAUAAGUAUCGCUGGUUCCAGUUGAUCAUUCAUAUCCUCUUUAUCAGCUUGCUAGAUUGUGAGCUCAGCAUGGUGGGGGUUCAAGAAUAAAUACAUGGUGAUGGAAGUAUUUUUGGAUCCAAAUAAAGAUAUUGUGGGAAACAGGGAAAGGACCCUAUUAUUAUCACACAAUUCAAUCUCUCAAAAUCUUGUGAAAGAUGACAUUCUUGUGAAAUUUGGAGAGUGUGGUCUAGCCUUUUCGCUCAACUCAUUUCAAGGAAGUAUCAAGGCCUGCAAAAAUGCUGAUUUGAAGUGUGAAAUGUCAAAGUUUGAGCACUAUAAGUUGCUAGGUGGAAGCAAUCUUAAUGGAGAUGUGGAGCAGCAGAUGAAGAAUUGUCUUGAAAAGAUCAAAGUUUUGGAGCACUAAAAUAUACUCCAUAAUUUGGACCUGCGUAAAUCCCCAGGUCUUCGGUCUGCGUUUUUGUGUUUCAGCUUUGCGCUAAGCCUUCGAGCAACAAGGAUUAGUCGAUCACUUAAGCGAUCGUUAAAUAUCAUUAAGGGUAAUUUAGAUAUUUGAUUUGUUUUUAAUUAUUUUUAUUUAAUUUAGUGGCUGUGUUUAGUAAAAA